AUGCGGCUUAAAACUAUCCUCUUAGGUUUCUGUGCGUUCCAUGUAGCGCGCAGCAAGAUGGUAGUGAACUUAAUCAAUAUGAUCGAUGAACAGACUGGAGAACAGAGAAAGGUGGUGCCCCUCGAACUCGAACGGUUUUUCCCGCUCGAUUUUGAUGAGAUAUUACUCCGGGAUACGAUGCAGAGGAACGCAGCUAUGGAAGAGGAGGACUACAGGGAGCUGGGGAAAAGAGAUAUUGAGGUGGCGUUCCAGAACACCGGCGUGACGCUGGAUGACAGGCUCCAGUCGUUGCCGGCCAUAUCGCUCUUCGGGAGGUAUGUACGGGAUAUCGACGGGAUGUCGGAAGCGCUUGCGGACGGGGACAGGCACAUCAUGGUGUUUGCGCCGACAAAUGACGCCAUUACGGCGAUGCCCAAGAAGCCGUGGGAGUAUCCACGGAACAUCGACAAGUUGGAGCAGGCAGGCGCGUCUGCGAGCGAAAUCCACGACGCCAUCCAGGCGAAUGUGAGACGCUUUGUGCUAACCCACGUGGUUUCCGACAUCGACCUCUCUAAGGUGGGUCGGGAAGAUGGCUCAGCCGUGUUGACAAGCGACCUUCAUCCAAAGAGCAUGCAGGGGGAUAUUCUAUUGCGCAAGGAUGGCGACAGGUAUACAGUAUCGUCGAAGACGGGGCGGGACCUUGCCGUUGAGGAGGUACACACGGCAUCUAACGGUAUAGUAUUGGUUAUCGACUCCAGCUUGGAUGCGGAGUAG